AUGAAUUUUCAUAGUUAUCAACAUAAUUAUAUUGGAGAGAAUAAAAAUUUAAAUGAAAAUGGAGAAGAAGAUAUUUAUUGGGAUGCUAUAGCAGUGACAGCACCAAAAUAUGAACAUGCUGAAGAGUUUUUAAAAGAAUUACAAAAUAGACAAAAUGAAGGUAUAAUUUCAAAGAAAACAUUUUUAAUAUCAAUACCUGAUCCAUACAUAAAUACUGGUUAUAGACCAAUGAAAACAAAAAGAAGAUCAAAAUCACAAGAAGAAAUUGAUGAUGAAGAAGAACAAGAGACAUUUGGUGAAAUUCCAUUACAGUAUCAAUCAAGUAAUAAUAAAAAUAAAAAUGAUAAUAAUAAUAAUAAUAAAAAUGAAAAACAUAAAAUAUAUCAUAAUCAUGGUAUUAAAAAUAAUAUUGAUGAUAAUGGUGAUGAAAUUGAUGAAAAUGAAGAGAAUUUACAUAAACCUCAUUAUACAAAAGUUGGAAGUGGAUCAUCAAUGAUAAAUUCAUUAUUUGUAAUAACUGAAAAGUUAAGUGCACUAUCAGGUAAAAGUUAUUUAGAUGUUGAUAUUUUAAAGAAUAAAAGAAUUUUAUUACUUUUAAAUGGUGGUAUACAUCAACAUGCACCAUUAGUAAAUUUAUGUACAAAAUCAUUCUCAAUGAUGCCUUUAAAAAAUAUUGAUAUUAUUAAACAUCACCAGAAUCAAAAUAAACAACAACAAGAUGGUCAAAAUAAAAAUGAAAAGUCAAAUAAGAAAUAUGUCGGUGAUGAACCAGUUUAUCCAAUUGAUAUUUUAUUAUCAAAUUUAAAUGAUAUUGUAUUGAAUUUACAAUCAGGUUUUAUGGUUUCAAGUACUGAAUCUUUAAUAUUUUUCAAUAGAGAAGAUUCAAAUCUAAAGAGUAAAACACUUUGGAAACAAUCGGGUGUAUCUGUGAUCACAAUGAAUGUUGGCCCCGAUUAUUAUACAAAUCAUGGUAUGUGUAAAAUUAAUGAAGAGACUGGUGAAAUCUUAGAGAUUGCCUAUAAGAAACCAAAGGAGUAUUUACAAGUAAAUGGAUUCAUUUCAAAGAAUGAUGAUACUGCUUCAAUUUAUACUGGUAUCAUAUUCUUUUGUGAGAAAACCACAGAGAAACUAUUGUAUCUUCAUAAUACAUCACCAUUGGAUUCAUGCACUUAUUUGGGUGUUGACUCGGGUUCACAACUUUUAAAAUUUGGUGUUUUCCCUGACAUUCUAUGUUCAAUGACAAAGAAUGAAACUUUUGAAAGUUAUUUAAAUCAACCUUAUUUCUAUGGUUCUCACAAAUCGUUGGUUAGAAAGGCAAGAAAAGUGGUUUGGGAUUCAUUUAGAACAACACCAAUUAGAUCAAUUAAAAUUAAAGGAACCUAUUAUUAUUUAAAGAAUCCAACCGAUUAUUUAAAUUUCAUUAAUUCAAAUAUUGGUGUUGGUGCAAGUGGUGAAAAAAGUAUAAUUUCAAAAAAGAUGCAUUCAUUCAUUGAUUGUCAAGAUUCGGUUAAAGGUAUCAUUGUAAAUAGUAUUCUUAUGGGUAAAGGUAAAUCAUUUGAUACCACAGUGAUCUAUGAUUCUAUACUCACUGGUAAUUGGUCAAUUGGUGAACGUUCAAUUGUUUUCGGUGUAAAAUCAUUGUUUGAAACUUUUCAUAUUCAUUCAAAUAUGAUGGUAAAUGAAAUUCGUUUAAAAUCAAUUAAAAUCAAACAUUCAAUCUCUGAAUCACCAAAAGCAUUAAUAGUAUUAGGCAUUGAAGAUGAUUUAAACUCUUUCUAUAAUGAUCCAACUGCGAGAAUUGCAAAUAGAAAUUGGGAAGAAUUCUUACUAUCAAGUGGUGUAUCACCCGAUGAACUUUGGUCAAAAGGUGUACCUAAAAUACUUAGAACUGCAAGACUUUUUCCAAUUAUUGUCAAUGAUCAAGAUGAAAAAAUGUAUGAAGCUUCACUUUGGAUUCAAAAUAAAGAAUCACCACCAUUAUCUGUAAUUGGUCGUUGGAGAUCUUCAAAACGUAUCUCUGUUGCUGAUAUCAUUGGUGAAUCUUAUCUAUUAGAUUAUACUCAAUUAGAAGUUAAACAACAAGUUCAACAAUUAAGUGAAAAUAAAGUUGGUGAUGGUGUUUUAAUUGUUGAAAAUUCAAAUUCAAACAAUUGUAAUAAUAAUAAUAAUAAUAAUAUUAAUAAUAAUAAUAAUAAUAUUAAUAAUAAUAUUAAUAAUAAUAAUGAUAAUGAUAAUAAUAUUGAUAUUAAUAAUAAUAAUAAUAAUAAUAAUAAUAAUAAUAAUAAUAAUAAUAAUAAUAAUAAUUUAAAUAAUAGUAAUGAAAAUUGUUAUAGUUUUAAUACAAAUAAUUUAGUUGAUAAUAUAAUUUCAAAUUCAGAAAGAAUUAAACCAUGUACAACAUCAUUUACAACAGGAGCAUCAGAAUAUUCAAGUAAAUGGAUGAUUGAAGGUGAUAUUGAAGCAGGAUUUAAGUGGAGAAGAGAGAUAUCAUUUCAAGUUGAUUCAAUGGAAAUUGAACAUAUAUUAGUUCAAGGUAUUGAUCAAUCGAUUUUACCAUUUGUAAAGAAAUGGUCAGAAUGUAAUAUUCCAUUAAGUAAAGCAUUGGAAACAUUGGAUCGAAUUUCAUUAUCAUGUCCAUUACAAUAUACUGGUAGAUUAUUAUCAUGUAUCUCUGAUACAUUGGCAAUCUAUGUUAAUAAUCAAGGUGGUUUACGUUCUGGUCCAGCUAGAAAUAGUCAAUUUGAAAAGUCAUUCAAUUAUUUUAGAAAUCAUGAUGAAAGAAAAGGUUUCCUCUCUUUGAUAAAGGAACGUAGAAAAUGGUUAACCUCUUAUGAAAGCAUGAUACGUGUUGCUAGACAUUAUGAAGGUGCUGGUCAAAUCGUUAUUAAAAAUAUAGUUGAUACUUGUCCAACUGAAUUGAAACCAUUAGAUCCAUCAAAUAGUCCAACGACAACAACAACAACAACAAAAGAUUGGAUUUGUGUUUCUUUACCAGUUAGAAUCGAUUUAGCAGGUGGUUGGACAGAUACACCUCCAAUUUGUUAUGAACAUGGUGGUGUGGUUUUAAAUGCUGCAAUUCGUAUUCGUGGUAAGAAAUCAAUUGAAGCACGUGUUAGAAGAUUGGAUGAACCAGUGUUAAUAUUUCGUGUUGGUCAAACUGGUGAUUCAAUCAUUUGUCGUUCAUUAAAUGAUCUAAUGGAUUAUGAUCAACCACAUGCUCCUGGAUCAUUGUUAAAAUCAUGUUUCCUUCAAUUGGGUUUAAUCGAUUAUGGUGAUGGCAUUAAUUUCAAUAAUGUCAGUUCUGUCGAUGGUAGAAAAGCAAAAACUAUUACAACCUCAACCACUACAGCAUGUGUUGUAGUUUGUAAAACUUUGAAACAACAAUUGGAGAGUUUAGGUGGUGGUAUGGAAGUAACCUCAAGUUCAGAUUUACCAACUGGUUCAGGUUUAGGCACUUCAAGUAUAUUGGCAGCUGGUCUUAUAACUGCAAUGGCCUAUGCUUAUGGUUAUAAAUACUCUGAUCAACAUUUAUUCCAUGCUGUGCUAAAAGUUGAACAAAUGUUAACAACUGGUGGUGGUUGGCAAGAUCAAAUUGGUGGUGUUUUAGGUGGCUUCAAAGAGGGUUCCUGUACAAGAUUCCAUAGCAAAUCAGAUAAAAUCAUGGUAACUGCCAAUCAAUUACCAAUGUCGGAUCAAACCAUUCAAACCAUAAAUGAUCAUUUAUUAUUAAUUUACACUGGUAGAACAAGAUUGGCAAGAGAUCUUUUACAAGAUGUAAUUAGAAGAUGGUAUGCUAAAACUCAAGAGAUUCUCUCAAAUACUGAAGCACUCAUUCAAACCACUAAAACAAUGAAGGAAGCUUUAAUUAGAGGUGAUAUCAAAGAGAUUGGUUCCUGUUUAUUACAAUAUUGGAAUCAAAAGAAAGCCAUGGCUGUUGGUUCUGAACCAACAAGGAUAGUUCAAAUAUUUAACCUUGUCAAAGAUUAUACUUAUGGUUAUUCUUUGGCUGGUGCUGGUGGUGGUGGAUUCAUGAUUUUAAUCACCAAAGAUCAUUGUACUGUAACAAAAAAUAAAUUACAAGAGAUUAUUGGAAAAGUUGAUGGUUUAGAAUCUGUUGAAAUUUUUGAUACUGAAAUAGAUACAAAUGGUUUAGAAAUUUCAAUUGAAAAACAUGUUGAAUAUUUACAAGUACCACCAAUGAAUGUUACAAAUUAA